GCUUGCUCACUGUAGUUGGCCGGGUUUGUUGGAGGGUGCGCUUACGUCUCGGUUGGCUGCUGGUGGAGCAGCUGCGGCGGCGGGUCUCUGUCUUUUUAUUUUUACUACAAUAAAAGAGACUUUCGAAUGGCUGAAAAAGAGUGACCGUUUAUUUUGGUUGUGUACUGAACGUGAGCGAAUAAUACCAACUCUGCAAAAAGAAGCCACGGAAAGUGAAAAGGAUAUAUCUUGGCACGGAAAGGAGCUGGAGAAGUCAAAAGAAAAAAAGGUGCAGACCGACGACGGGAUUCCGGACAAGUGGACUGCCGUGCUGCUCAUGAGGUAUAUAUGAGUAGUGAGCUUGCAAAGCAAGCCGCGGAGCACGACGUGCAAGCUGCGUGUUGCUCAACUUUCUCAAUGGUUCGUGUGUGUGUACUUAAAGUUACUUUUUGAAAAGUUUUGUGCUCCGCGGGAAAACAAAGAUGAAAAUACGCCUGUGAGUUUGAGAUCGGAGCCACGUCUGUUUUCUACCUCCGGGACAAGACGGCUUCUGGUUUUUCUUUUAAUAAACGACCCAUGCCUGCGUCUUAAUCGGGACGCACAAAUAAAAAAGGGGACUUUUUUCUUUGUUUCGUCCAUAUUUCUUAAGGAAAAACAUCAUGAUGGCGGCUGAGAUUGGCAAUGAGGAGCCGGGCUCAGUUUCAGCUGGAACGGCUGGUGGUGGCGGUAGCGCUGGGGGUGGAGGAGGCCCCCAAAGCGGCCAGUUUCCGAUACUCCCCAUUGCAAGAGUACGAACAAAUAAGAUGGUAUAUCAAUCCCAAAACAGCGAUACAGACUCAAAUUCUAAGUCGGAGGUGUGUCCGUGCCCGCUUCCCCCAUUGCCAGUGUCCGGAGGCCAGCCCCCGGUGCGGACUAGUGGCGAUGGGUAUUCUGCUGCAUUUGGGACAGGUCAUACUGUAGGGAGUACUGCGUCCUUCUCCUCAUCAAACUUCUCGUUAGGAGAAGGGCAAGGUAAUCGGAAUUCACCUAGCUCUGGGGGCCCGGAUGGAUCAGCGUCCACUAAUCCUGCAUCGCCUCAGCCAGCAGUCCCACAGCCAGCUUGUGGUGGCCAGGGAAAUGUAGAUGAAAGCGAUAUGAUGGACGGACAGGAAUACGAGGAAGAGGAGGUGGCAUUCCCCCUAUCUGCGCCACCUACGAACCAAUGGUAUCAUGGAAAACUUGAUCGAACAAUUGCUGAGGAACGUUUGCGGCAGGCUCGAAACCCGGGCAGUUACCUCAUUAGAGAAAGUGAUCGGAGACCAGGGUCCUUCGUACUGUCCUUUUUGAGCAAAACAAAUGUGGUGAACCAUUUCAGGAUUAUAGCAAUGUGUGGAGAUUUCUAUAUUGGAGGUCGGCGCUUUUCUUCACUUUCAGAUCUAAUUGGUUAUUAUAGUUAUGUUUCUUGCUUACUUAAAGGGGAAAAGCUGCUAUCCCCUGUUGCACCUCCAGAGCCUGUUGAAGAUCGUCGGAGAGUCAGAGCUAUUCUGCCAUAUACCAAAGUGCCUGAUACUGAUGAAAUCAGUUUCCUUAAAGGUGACAUGUUUAUUGUACAUAAUGAGGAUGAGGAUGGAUGGAUGUGGGUAACAAAUGUCAGGACUGAUGAGCAAGGACUAAUUGUUGAGGAUCUUGUGGAAGAAGUGGGAAGAGAAGAAGAUCCUCAUGAAGGCAAAGUCUGGUACCAUGGAAAGAUCAACAAGCAAGAAGCAUAUAAUUUGUUAAUGACUGUUGGCCAAGUCUCCAGUUUUCUUGUUAGACCUUCAGACAAUACGCCUGGUGACUAUUCACUCUUCUUUCGAACUAAUGAAAAUAUCCAAAGGUUUAAAAUAUGCCCCACUCCAACCAAUCAGUUUAUGAUGGGAGGAAGAUACUACAACAGUAUUGAUGAUAUCAUAGAUCACUAUAAAAAAGAGCAAAUUGUGGAAGGUUACACCUUAAAGCAACCAGUUUCAGUACAGCACCAUGAUCAAGUGCUCAUAGAUAUUGUAGAUGGGAAGGAAAUCUACAAUACAAUUAGACGCAAGACAAAGGAUGCUUUCUACAAAAAUAUUGUAAGAAAAGGCUACCUCCAAAUGAAUAAAGGAAAAAGUAAAAGGUGGAAAAAUCUGUAUUUCAUUUUGGAAGGCAAUGAUUCUCAAUUAAUAUAUUUUGAAAGUGAGAAGAGAGCUACUAAACCUAAAGGCCUAAUUGAUCUUAGUGUUUGUUCUGUGUAUGGUGUCCAUGACAGCUUGUUUGGCCGGCCAAACUGUUUUCAGAUUGUAGUUCAGCACUUUAGCGAGGAACAUUUCAUUUUCUACUUUGCUGCUGAAACUCUCGAGCAGGCACAGGGCUGGAUGAAAUGUUUGCAAAAAUUCUGUAGUAAUUUCAGGAAACCCACUCAAGGAUCCAGUAAACGGCUAAGGCAGGUCAGCAGCUUAGUUUUAAAUGUAGAAGAGGCACACAAACUUCCAGUGAAACAUUUUACAAAUCCUUACUGUAACAUCUAUCUAAACAGCAUUCAAGUAGCUAAAACACAUCCAAGAGAGGGACAAAAUCCUGUGUGGACUGAAGAGUUCAUCUUUGAUGAUCUUGCAAGUGAAACAAACAGGUUUGAGAUAACCUUGAGCAACAAGACAAAGAAGAAUAAAGAUUCUGAUAUAUUAUUUAUGCGCUGCCAACUUUGUAGAUUACCAAAUGGGCAGGUGAUGGAUGAGUGGUUCCCACUCAGUUCUCACAUUCCUCUAAAAGGUAUUGAACCUGGUUCACUACGUGUUAGGUCAAGAUAUUCAAUGGAGAAAAUCAUGCCUGAGGAAGAAUAUAGUGAAUUCAAGGAGCUGAUCUUGCAGAAGGAUUAUCACGUUAUCUAUGCUCUAGGCCAUGUGUGUGGACAGGAUCGCACUUUGCUGGCAAGCAUUCUAUUGAGGGUUUUUCGACAUGAAAAAUCUGAAGCACCUCUUUUAAGGGCGCUGAAUGACAAAGAAAUAAGCAUGGAAGAUGAAGCCACAACACUCUUCCGUGCAACAACUCUGUCCAGCACGCUUAUGGAGCAGUAUAUGAAAGCUACAGCUACCCCAUUUGUCCACCACGCUCUUAAAGACACAAUAUUGAAAAUAAUGGAAAGCAAGCAGUCCUGCGAGUUAAAUCCUUCUAAGCUGGAGAAGAACGAAGAUGUCAAUGUCAACUUGAGUUGUCUGUUGAACAUCCUUUCAGAACUUGUUGAAAGAAUAUUCGUAGCUGCUGAGAUACUUCCACCAACUUUAAGGUUUAUUUAUGGAUGCUUACAGAAAUCAGUACAACAAAAAUGGCCACACAACACAACAAUGAGAACUAGAGUUGUCAGUGGGUUUGUUUUUUUGAGACUGAUUUGUCCAGCAAUACUGAAUCCAAGAAUGUUUAAUAUUAUUUCAGAUCCGCCUUCUCCCACAGCUGCAAGGACUCUUACUUUAAUAGCAAAGGCUGUGCAAAACUUGGCAAACUUGGUAGAAUUUGGAGCAAAGGAACCUUAUAUGGAAGGAGUGAAUCCAUUCAUCAAGAAAAAUAAACAUCAAAUGAUUAUGUUCUUAGAUGAGUUAGGGAAUGUUCCUGAACUUCCCGAAUCAGAGCACUUUACAACUGACUUGUCUCGUGAUCUUGCUGCUUUACAUGAGAUCUGUGUAACACACUCAGAUGAACUUCGCACUCUUAGCAAUGAGCGUGGGGCACAACAGCAUAGCUUGAAAAAGCUCCUGGCAAUCACUGAACUACUUCAACAGAAGCAAAACCAGUAUUCAAUGUCUAACAACAAUAGGUAGCUCGUCCUUGGAGCAUAUCAAGGGACCCAGCAUGCAUCACUGCUGUCACCUGGCACCACCGCCUUGCUCUUAAUAUGGCACACCUUUGUCACUUUCCCGUGCUGUAUGAACUAUGCAAAAAUGGAGAAUUUACCUGGCAGUUGUACGCCAGUGACUUUGUGAGCUGUGUGUGAAGGACGUUGCACUCUGCUCGGCUUCUCCAUUUCUGAUCACAGAUCUCUGAGCCUUGGGUACACUAGUCUGAUCUUUACAAAAGUUGUUUGUAAACACAGUGACAUUUUCUCCUGUUUGAGUUGCCAAAGUUUUCAGCCAUUGUCUGACACACAUGAGGACUGACAUGAAGAACGAACAAUAGACUUUUGUUACAACUGGAUUAUCAGAUAUAAUGCAUUUUAUACUGUAAUUUGUGAUUUUAUGUUUAUCCUAAUAUAUAUAAUAUAUAUAAUAUCAAUCCAAGACUGUUUCAUGUUUAAGUAUAACUGAAAUUUGUUUUGGACUUUGCAGGUUAGGUAGAAGCAAUUUGCAAAAAAAAAAUUAUAUAUGAAAAUAAAUUGUUAAAAAAUGUCAAGGAAGGCGGCAUCAUUUCAUUUGUUGCUGUGUCAUUCGCUGUCUUUCCAUAUACAAGAGCCGUAUUUACUCGCAUAUGAGUAUCGUAUACAUACUAUGCACAGGAGUGAGAAAUCUUGUGAAACAACAGGAGUUUUGGCAGUAAUGCCAUGAUUACAAAAGAACAGAUGUUUUAUUAACACUAGAUAUGCCUAUUCCUGAAACACUGACAUGUUUUAAGCUACGGUUUACGCAGGAUAUUUUCACGAGUACAGCUUGGAAGGAAACCACCUCUAGUAACACAAACAAGCAACAAUUGCUGGAUGGGUGUUUUCCUUUCACGUGUGUGUGGCUGUGCAUGGUGGCAAUUAGUGCUUUAACUUCGGUGGCCAUCGGCAGAAGCCAGUCAGGACCUCGAUUCUCAGCUCCUCGAAAAUUUUUUUUUUCUGAGGUAAUUCAACGGAGUGAAACAGAAUGGGUGGAUUUGUGAAACAAAAUGGAAAACGUCGGUCAGUGCCAAGUUUUCAAGACAUGCACCCUAUUAAAAUAUAUCUACAGCUUUACUAUUUUCAGUCAGUCUUCCAUUAAAACAAUUGUGUUUUUGUGACAAGAAUUAUGGCCAGUAUAAAAUUAAUAGACUCAUGGAUUGAACAGUCGUUUUACACAUUGUGUGUCUGAAUUGAUGGCCUCAUUGCAGUCCUGCAUUUUUCCAAAUGCUCUCAGCACUUUCACAUGGAUCACCAAUCGUAAUGUUAAUAGAUGUGGCAAGAAACUUUUCUGUAUUGUAGGAUUUGCAGUUGGUGCCCAAUGCUAACACACAUUUUAUUCGACUAGUGUCUUAGGUUUUGAGAAUUUUAUUCAGUCUUUAACAACUCUUUGUGUUUCUGUUUUAUUUCUCAAUGAAUUCCUUAAUGCUGACAAAACAAAACAAAAAGGUGGUUUGCAUUAUGGGGAUGCUGCACUCAUAUCUAAUGUUGAUAUAAGGCAUAAUAUGUGAGUAAAUACGCUAAUUCAUAGAACAGAUACUGAAUGGAGAAACACACUGUGUAAAAUAUUUGCAAAGCUCAUAAUUAUGAGCACAAUUGUUAUUGUAUUUGCAUGUGUAUAUUAAACAUUUUUCUUAAGUA